GGACCAUCGAAACAGACUGACUUCUACGCAAUAUUACUUUCAAGAGUUAUCUUACUUAAAGUAGUUUGACAUGUAAUGUAUUUGCCUUAAUCUAUGUUUGAUAUACCUUACAAAGGGCCGUCAUUUUAUAUGACCGUAUUUGUGUGAUCUCUAGUGCAAAUUCGUUGUUCUGUGGUAGUGUAGUUUGUUUGCAAUAUUUGGCAUGUAGCUGGCGGGAAGUGAAAAUGUUAUCAUAUUUAUCCCUUUACGAUAUUUUCAUCAAUUAGCCAAUGGAAGGUGUCUUUUUAACCAGGGCGUGCCCCGCUUAAUGUUUUUGAAAAUCACGGUCGAUUAAUGUGAGAAAAGUACUUUCACCGGGGCUUUUUCUGGAUGGUAGCGUCCCACUGGAAGGAUCCGCUCGCUCCGACAUUUCCACCACAAUGUCUCAGUCAGAGACGUGUUGCAUUUGUGGGGUGAGGUUUGUGAGGGGCCCAAAGGGUUACAACAGGAGGAAAGUUACCACGCUGACCAGCCCCAAGACCUUCCAGCUAGUCUUUGACAUCACUCCUGAUGACUCAUCCUUCCUCUGCUGGGUCUGUCUGGGUGUGCUCAGAAGGAAAACCAAGCAGGAUGGGAAGCUUUGGACUUGGUCAGAUUUGCCAACAAAAGUUGGCAGACCUCGAAAGCCCCGUGCCGAAAUACCAAGCUCAUCAACAACAUUAUCCAAUCAAACUGUAAUUAUAACCAACCCAUCUUUGUUAUCCAUAGAGGAGUGCAUUGCUUCUAAAAAAAACAAACGGAGGCCAGUUCGUCAGUGGGACGGGGAGAAAUGGACCACCUUGACUUCUCGUUCCCCAGAAUCCCAUUCAAUGGCCAUCAGACGACUUCAAACGCCCAUAGCCCCAACCACACACUCCUCUUCAACACCAUCAAAUCAAGUAAAUUCCUCCACAUUGUCAAGUCAAACUUCAAAUCAGAUCAGUUCUCUGUUCUCCUUUGGAGAGAGGACAACAAAAAGACGUCCGAAGGCACCCCAACCUACAACACACUCCACACUCCUGUCUCCGUUCCCCGUUGACGAAGGUAUAAGGCCCAAGAAGAAGAAGCUCCCUUUCUCCAAGACUAAGCAGAGCUAUGGGUUUGGCCCUCAUGCCAAGGCCCUGCAUUACAUGCACAGCCACCAGCACCUGAAGGCCUUCAGGUCCCUGAUGAAGACCAAAGCUAGAGAAGCCAUGACCAUUUUCCUCGCCGAGGUCAUUGCCCAGGAGAGUAAGGUAUUGAUGAAGGACCAACGUGGGCCAUUGCGUCAGCCGCUGACUGAGGCGAGUGUGAGUGGGUUUUCCUGGGACGCGGUUCUAGCGUGGGGGGAAGAAAAGGCCCCUAUGACCCUGGCCUGUCUUAGGGCCAUGUUCCCCAAACCCAACACCAUCAGGACACAGGUUAUGAUGGGAGCAAGGGAAGUUAAACGCCUGAGGACAGAAGAGGCGGCAGGUGAUAUGGUCAGCCAGAGGGCGGGGCUUAUCCUGGCCAUCGUCCUCUACACCUCCAUGCAGAAGUGUAACUUCAUCCAGGCCUCUCUGGGGGUCGAGUUCUGGAAACAGGGCUGUCCUCUCAGCGUGUUGAAAGCCCUCAGUGCCCUGGGGGUCUGUCCCGGUGCUGCCUCCACCAGGAGACACGCAGAGAGGCUGACAACCGGCUUUGAUCCACCUCAGCAGGACCGGACAGAGGGGGUGGUGGUGGUGGAGGAACCUGGGGACUCCUUUUGUAGAUCUGAGGAUGAGAGUUGGACUCUGAGUUGUUCUGAAGAGUAUCCCAGUUCCUCUCCGACCCCCUCUCUGAACCCGUUCUCAGACCUAUCCCACUCCAGAGACGGAUCCUCGUCCGAUCGGAGUUCCAGACCUGACUCCAGAUCUCGCUCCAGGAGCGACGACUACCAAGGCCCUACUCAGAGGCCUGACUCCCGGGAGUACCAGAAUCUGAUCAAAGAACAUGGUUACCACAAAGUCCAGAAUGUCUUCCUGUUCCUCUCAUGCCUUCACAGACCUACAUUGAGUCGAUGGACAAAGAACAGUGAGGACAAAAGGGAGGCAAAUGAAAAACCUGUUCAAAACCCCAAGAGAAGGAAGAUGACAAAAAAAAAACCUGCUCAAUCGCCUCCAGUAGUAAACGCAACUGGCGCGCACCGUUCAGACAUGGAGACUUCUCAAGUAAGUAAGGUAAACAUGGAAGUCGUUCAAACAUCUCAAGUAGACAACACACAAGUGGAACCCGUUCAAACGUCUCAGGUAGACAACACACACGUGGAACCCGUUCAAACGUCUCAGGUAGACAACACACACGUGGGACUCGUUCAAAUGUCUCAAGUAGACAACACACACGUGGGACUCGUUCAAAUGUCUCAAGUAGACAACACACACGUGGAACUCGUUCAAAUGUCUCAAGUAGACAACACACACGUGGAACCCGUUCAUACGUCUCAAGUAGACAACACACACGUGGAACCCGUUCAUACGUCUCAAGUAGACAACACACACGUGGAACUCGUUCAAAUGUCUCAAGUAGACAACACACACGUGGAACCCGUUCAUAUGUCUCAAGUAGACAACACACACGUGGAACCCGUUCAUACGUCUCAAGUAGACAACACACAUGUGAAACCUGUUCAAUUGAGCGAUACAAACAAGAAACCUGCUCAUAUAAGUGAGACAAAUGUACAACCUGCUCAAAUGUCUGUAAUGGGCGAGACAAACAUGGAACAAAUUAAAAUGCCCAAAAGAGGCAGGCCAAGGAAGGAACUUGCUCAAAUGUCUAUAAUGAGCGAGACAAACAUGGAACAAAUUAUAAUGCCCAAAAGAGGCAGGCCAAGGAAGGAACUUGCUCAAGUAAGUAAAACUCCACAAAUAACCGACACACACUUGGAACCUGCUCACAAGCUCAGAAGUCCAAGGAAGAAACCUGUCCAAACGCCCCAGGUAACUGACACACAAAACAAACCCAUUCAAGUAAGCAAUCCAGACAUUAAACUUGCUGAGACAAACAAAGAAUCAGUUGUACAGGCUAAGAAUGGGAGGCCAAAGAAGGGAUUCGUUCAAAUUCCAAUAUUAACCGACACUUGCUUGAAACCCAUUCCGGUAAGCGAAGUAAACGCGGACACCACUUUAAUGCCCAGUAGCAUGAGAUCAAGGAAGAGACCCGGACAAGUUCCCCAAGUAUCCGGCACAAACCAAGAACUAAUUCAAAUGCCCAGAAUAACCCAAACCAACAAGGAACCCUCCGAAAUGCUUCAGAAAAUGGACACACGCAUUGCACCUGCUGUAACAUCGAAAAGAGGGCGGACAAGGAAGGGACCAAUUGAAAUGUCCCAAGAAACCAACUUACACACAGAAGCCGGUCUAAUGCCUCAAGCUGGUGAAAUGAAUCAGCAACGUAUCGAAGGACGGGAAACAAAUAAAGAACCCGCUGAACCCCAAAAACUCACUGGAAAGGCUAAAGUAAAUCAGAGAAAUAAAGUACCUGCAAAGACACCUGAAAAACUAGAUCAAAUGAAAUUUAUUCCAAAGCGCAAAAGAGGCAGGCCAAGGAAAGAACUUGCUCAAGUGAUCAACACAAGCAAGGGAACCCCUUCAAUGCAUAAAAUAAGCAAAACAGGCAAAGAAUCUGCUCUUACCCGGGAAAUAAAAAUUAUUGUCAAUAGGAUGGAAAGCUGUAGUGCUGCUGAAAUGCCCCAAAUACGUGAGAUGAACAAUGAACCUGUUCAAGUAAGUACGGAAAACUUUGAACCUGUUCAAAGACUGAGUGGGGGGUCGAUGGAGGGACUUGUUCAAAUGCCCCAAUUAAGCUGCACGGACAUGGAACCUGGUAAGUUAGGCAGGACCAUCAUGGCGACCACUUCAACGGCAGAGAGGACUGACAAAGAACCUGUUCGAAGGCCUCAAGCAAAUGAAACAAAAGCAGAACUUGCUCAAACGUCUCAGAUAAUGGAAACGAUAAAGGAACACAGACAAGUAACCAACACAACAAAGGAAACCGCUUCCGUGCCCAAAAGAAGCUGCACAGACAUGGAACUUGCUAAACGGUACAAAAUGAGUGACUUUCAGACCCGGGUAAUAAGAAUAGUUGACACGAGGAUGAGGGCAAACAAAUCUGUUUCAAUGCUUCAAGUACACGACCCAAACCAGGACCCUGAACCUGCUGCAACACCUGAAAUAGGCGACACAAACAAACAACCCACGCGAGUGAUCAGAAUAGUUGUUAACAGGAGGAUACCGGCAGACAUAUGUAGUCACACCCGGAAAAGCCUGGAGUGCCUGGCUGAGGUAGCGGCCAAAUGUGCUCCAUUAGAUGUUAAAUCUGUCGAAGAGGAUGGAUAGGUAGGUAGACGCAUGUUACUCAUCAAAAUAACAAACUUCACAACAUGACGUCUCAGGAAGAUGUUUGUUUUUGUGAAAGGGUAUAACCCUAACUUACUGGGUGGGGAAUAGUCUGCCUCGUCUUCUGUGUUCACUUUUACUGGAAUUCUACAUACCAGGCCUUUGUCUUAGCAAUUGUCUUCUCCACCUUGUUCAUUUGAUAUGUACAUAAUCCCAGAAACGUUCGUGUUUUUUGUCAUUGUGUCCACUGUGGAUUUAGUGUAUUUGUUAGUCUUAUCCCAUUUUCUAAUUAGUUGUUCUGGUUGUACUUCUGUGGUUGUUGACAAUGUAAUAUGUACAAUGUAAUAAAAAUGUAUGUGUUUUUUACAAAGGUUAUUCCUGCAGUCAUAGUAUCCAUGCUAAUUUCAGGGUAUUGGUUUUCAUUACACUUACAAAUGUAAUUUGACUAAAAGCAAAGACUGUGAACCAAAACAGAUUUGCCCACUAAUCUUUAAACUAGAAAACAAAUCGUUAGAAAACAACCACAGUGUUUAUUUUGACUCAAGGCUUUUCCUUUCAUACUGUUUUUGAUGUAUACAUUCUCGCAAUAAUAUUGCGUGGUAAUACUUGUGAUAAUUUUGUGCAUAUUGCUGUUGUCUUGUGUAAAAACGAAGCUCACAGAAUAAACAGUACAAUUGUA